AUGUGUGAGACUUGUGGUCUUCGAGGAUAUCAGCCGAAUAGCGGACAGGACAGAUGCAUUUUGUGUCCGGAAGGAACGGUUCCAAUUUAUCAAAACUCUACCACUAUUGCUCAUUGUCUAGAUAAAUGUCGCGCUGGAAUGCAACGAUCAUCAGAUGGGUCAACUUGUGAACCUUGCCCAAUAGGAUCAUUUAAAUCGGCGGAAGACAUGGUUUGCAUGAUGUGUCCAACUGGAAGGACAACCCUCUCAAAGGCCUCAAAGAGCUUGGCAGCAUGCCAUAUUAAAAUCUGCUUCCCUGGAACUAUUCUUGAUCACAGUACUUUCAAAUGUGAGCCUUGUGACUUUGGAACUUUUAUGGACGAAUACGAUGGAAGGAUUUGUAAGACUUGUCCAGUAUCCACGACUACAUAUCAACUCGGAGCCAACAGUGCAAAGAUGUGUGAGUGGACGAAUCAGUGCAAAGCUUCAACUCACAACUGUCACUGGCUUGCUGCUUGUAUUGAUCUUCCCGAUGAGAAUCACAAAAAAAUGUAUUCGUGUAAAUGUAAACCGGGAUUCGUUGGAAAUGGAUUCCACUGUGUGGAUGCUUGUGAAGGCUUUUGUCUGAAUGGUGGAUCAUGUUUGAAAACUGGUAGAGGGGAGACGAAAUGUAUUUGUGCGAAUGGAUUUGCUGGAAGACGUUGUCAAAGUGAAGAGUAA